UUUCCCAGCAGCUGUAAUUGCCGCUGCGGGAGAAAUUGGAGCUGUUGUCGCCGGCACGCCCGCUGCCUCUCUCCCGGACUGAGAAGAGCCACAGCCUCUUCUCUAGCGCUCUUCAUACACCUAGCGCCCGGGACGCCGGCAACAGUCCCAGACCCACUGCAGCCACCUCAGGCAUUCGCUUUGCAGGUCAUCCCCUUUAGCCCGGCAACUGAGGGUGGUCCCCUGUCCCUAACCGACUUCUCACUCCACGUCAUCUGUGCCCUCCACAGCGUCGCCCGGGACCCACCUCUCCACACACUAACUGACGAGGAGGAGACGCUGAGAAUCACCCUUCCUCCAGGCGGAGCCGGCCCCCUCACCCGCGGGUGUGUCCUAUAAAUGGCGUCGGAAAGCGACACCGAAGAAUUCUAUGAUGCCCCUGAAGAUGUGCACCUGGGGGGCGGCUAUCCUGUAGGGUCUCCAGAAAAAGUUGGACUUUCAUCAGUCAAGGAAACAGAGAACACAGCACAAAAAGCUGGAAAUGAGUCCCCUGUACAAGAGCUGAGACAAGAUGUAUCUAAAAAGAUAAUUGAAAGUAUUAUUGAGGAAAGUCAGAAAGUACUACAAUCAGAAGAUGACUCUUUGGAUUCCAAAGGUAGAGGACUCUCUGAUCAGGCUACUGCCAGUUCUUCUGUGGCUGAGACAGACUUUAGUGACAUACCUGGACUAUUAUCCAUAGAGCGUGAGCUACAGCAUGACUCUGAAAAGGCGGACAGUCCAAAUGUAUUUGAAGAAGCUGAAUUAGAAGCACAAAGAUGUUUUCCUUCUGAGGACUCCUGUGAGAAGACUGUAGACGAAACUGCUAAUGUAGCUGAAGUAAGUUCAGCUGAGCAGCUUGAUGUUUCUGAACUGGAAACUGAGAUACUGAGCAAGGAAGCAAUGGAAGUCAAAGAAAGCGAUAUUCUAGAUCCUGCAUCCUCAGAUUCUUUGUCUGCUAAAGAUUUUGCUGCUGCGGAAGAAGUGGCUCCCGCCAAACCCCCAAGGCACCUUACUCCAGAACCUGAUAUAGUAGCCAGUACAAAGAAGCCUGUUCCUGCACGCCCACCACCACCAACUAAUUUCCCACCUCCUAGACCCCCACCUCCAACCCGACCUGCACCACCACCAAGAAAAAAGAAAAGUGAAUUGGAGCUUGAGGCUCUUAAAACACCUGAUCUGGAUGUACCCAAAGACAACACUACAUCUGAUUCUCUCCUUACUGCAAAUGUGGCUUCAGAGAGUACAGUUAGAGAUUCUCAGCCUUCUCUUGAUUUGGCAAGUGCUACAAGUGGAGAUAAAAUAGUUACUGCCCAGGAAAAUGGAAAAGCACCUGAUUUGCAGACGGUAGCAGGGGAAGUGAUGGGCCCUCAGAGACCUAGAUCCAACUCUGGGAGAGAGCUUACUGAUGAGGAAAUUUUAGCCAGUGUCAUGAUUAAGAACCUGGAUACUGGAGAAGAAAUACCUCUAAGUCUUGCUGAAGAGAAGUUGCCAACAGGUAUUAAUCCUCUCACUCUACACAUCAUGAGAAGGACAAAGGAGUAUGUAAGCAAUGACGCCACACAGUCUGAUGAUGAAGAAAAGUUGCAGUCACAACAAACAGAUACUGACGGUGGACGGUUAAAGCAGAAAACGACUCAACUGAAGAAAUUCCUUGGAAAAUCAGUAAAGAGAGCAAAGCAUCUUGCUGAGGAAUAUGGUGAACGUGCUAUAAAUAAGGUUAAAAGUGUAAGAGAUGAAGUGUUUCAUACUGAUCAAGAUGACCCUUCAUCAAGUGAUGAUGAAGGAAUGCCAUAUACAAGGCCAGUUAAAUUCAAGGCAGCACAUGGUUUCAAAGGACCUUAUGAUUUUGAUCAGAUCAAAGUGGUGCAAGAUCUUAGUGGUGAACAUAUGGGAGCUGUUUGGACAAUGAAAUUUUCUCACUGUGGCCGAUUACUUGCCUCAGCUGGACAAGACAAUAUAGUGAGGAUAUGGGCUUUAAAAAAUGCUUUUGACUAUUUCAACAAUAUGCGAAUGAAAUACAAUACUGAAGGCCGUGUGUCACCAUCACCAUCUCAGGAAAGUCUAAGUUCAUCAAAGUCUGACACAGACACAGGGGUAUGUAGUGGAACUGAUGAAGACACAGAUGACAAAAAUGCACCAUUUCGGCAACGGCCAUUUUGCAAAUAUAAAGGACAUACUGCUGAUCUCCUUGAUCUUUCAUGGUCUAAAAACUACUUUCUGCUCUCUUCUUCCAUGGAUAAAACAGUCAGGCUAUGGCACAUUUCUAGAAGAGAAUGCCUUUGCUGUUUUCAACAUAUAGAUUUUGUCACUGCCAUCGCUUUCCAUCCAAGAGAUGACAGGUAUUUUCUCAGUGGAUCAUUAGAUGGAAAGCUCCGCCUAUGGAACAUUCCUGACAAAAAAGUGGCUUUAUGGAAUGAAGUUGAUGGUCAGACAAAAUUGAUCACAGCUGCCAACUUCUGUCAGAAUGGCAAAUAUGCAGUAAUUGGGACGUAUGAUGGUAGAUGUAUUUUCUAUGAUACAGAGCAUUUGAAAUACCAUACACAAAUACAUGUACGAUCUACUAGAGGGCGCAACAAGGUUGGAAGAAAAAUUACUGGCAUUGAACCUUUACCUGGAGAAAAUAAGAUAUUGGUAACCUCAAAUGACUCCAGAAUCAGACUAUAUGAUCUCAGAGACCUAUCACUGUCCAUGAAGUAUAAGGGUUAUGUCAAUAGCAGCAGCCAGAUCAAAGCAAGUUUCAGCCAUGACUUUACUUACCUCGUUAGCGGUUCAGAAGAUAAAUAUGUUUAUAUCUGGAGUACUUACCAUGACCUAAGCAAGUUUACUUCAGUCAGGAGAGAUCGUAAUGACUUCUGGGAAGGUAUUAAAGCACAUAAUGCAGUUGUUACAUCAGCCAUCUUUGCUCCAAACCCGAGUUUGAUGUUAUCCCUGGAUAUACAAACUGAAAAAUUAGAAGGGACUGAUAAAAGUGAAGAUGCUGAAGUUUUGGAUAGCACAUCUACUGGUAUUGUGAAGACAGAUAACACAGAAGUUCUUCUCUCUGCUGACUUCACUGGAGCAAUCAAAGUGUUUAUUAACAGAAGGAAAACUGUAUUUUAAUUUGAAACUAUAUUUAAAAUAAGCCCAUCACUAAGUUUCUAUAUGUAUCAGAAAUGAGAAAAGUAUUAUAGUGUUUCAGGCUAACAUCCUUUUUUAACUUUUAUUAAAAGUUGUUCAAAUAUAAUAUAUAUUUUUGAGAGGCAGUGUUAGUGAUCUAGGAACCCCUAGACUGAUAGACUAGAAAGAAUGUGUCUAGAUUAACAUUGCCAAGCAUAGAGUUUAUGUUUAUGUUUUGUUAUAUAAUUAUAAACAUGCACAGGUUUCUGCAUGAAAAGAUAUUAAUAUAUUAAUCACAUGUGCGUGCCUUUUGGUUACAUGCACUAAAUCUAACAAAGUUAAAUUAUUUUGGUGGCUCUUUUGGCCUCCUACUGGGUGAUAGUCUUGUUUCUAGCUCUAAAAUUUUUUUUGCACAAAAUUUCAUUUUUAAGAAACGUGGUAUCUUUUGACUGAAUUAUUGUUUUGAAAAUGUUAUAUAGGUUUUCAAUAGGUCAAUAACCAUGUAUAAAUGGUUUUUUUAUAAAUUUCUCAAUUUGGGGACAAGAUUUUUUUUGUGAUCUAAAUUGUGGACUUAUUCUUUACUUUGUAUGUGUGUGUAUAUAUAUAUAUAUAUAUAUAUAUAUAAAUAUAUAUAAUUUUUUUUCUUUGCCACACUGGAGCACAAUGUUUCUAUGUAAAGAAUUCUUUACUUUAUCCAUGAGCACCAGGCUUUGCUCACUUAAAAAUAAGCCCCAUUAAGGAGUAAGUCUUCUUUUUUACAAUAAUGUAAAAAUGAACUGUUUACAUUUUUUUAAAGCAUUGUAGUUUUUAAAAAUUAAGCUGUUUUGUUUUGUGUUGUUGAAUUUGAAAGGCUUUGUAAAUGCCAGUAUAAUGUACCAAUGAAAUAACAUCUGGGACAAAGGAACCCUGGUAAUGUUGUUGAUGGUUUGCAUAUG